GCUGCGGUACAAAAGGCAAUGAGCCUAGCUGCGCGCCUGAUGGGGGUGAUACGCCGUAUGUGUAGACCCAGCUGAGCUGAUUUGACUUGAUGAAGACUGCAUUGUCUAUUGCAGAGGUCGCGGUCGUCACACCGACAAGACCUCUUUUGCCAGCAGCCUCGACAGCGUACGCGAGCGCUGUGAUACAGGCUAGGACAUGCAUGUUAUUGUUGUAUGGAAAGAAGAUUGGAGCGGCGCGUCGCUAUAUCUAGCUUUCAGCAACGCGUUUGACGAUGAAGGCAAAAGCUAAGCUCUUGCCCAAGCAGGCCCAAGGAAGAAGCGCAAGUUUGCACAUCAUGUCAUUAUGGUCCUCACUCGGCUGCUUUUACUGCUUCAGCACAUGCACUGCCGGCAUGCAAGAGAUGCCCGGGCGGGCCAGAAGCGAGCGCAAGCAAGAGAGCAAAGGGCGAAAGUAUGGGCCAGGGGCGAUCAGAUGGGAAGUACGCCACUGAGCUUAGAUGCAGUCACAAAC